UGACUUAUUUUGCAGUUGUAUAUACCCAGUGCAUCUCGUCUCUUGAAAAGGUUCAGUUUGUUGUUCUGUAUAAAAAAAUAUCGAAAGUGACAGCGUGUAAUCUGAAGCUGAACAAAAAGAGCUAUUUUACUUCAGCUACCUACAUUCAUCAUUAUGUUUGCCAAGAUGUACUCAUAAAACUACCCAACUACCCAUUCAUUUCACCAUCUCGAUGAAUCUCCUAAUGGCAUUUGCCAUUUGCAUGGGAUUAUUAUCAUCAAUCAGCAAUGGUGCUACUUAUUUACUCAAGGAAUACCCCACUCAACAAGACAACAAAGACUUUGAUUCUUAUGCAAAUGACACAAAUAGUACCUUGAUUGCUCAUCACAAAAAUGGAAAACACUUGGAAACACGUUCAGUGAAUGGAACCCUUGCCGAAGUAAUCAGUACUAUAAAUGAUACAUUGUCAAAAUCAUAUAACAAAGUGAUUGAAAAUCUUGCACACAUCGAUGAAGAAUUAAAAGCAAAAAUCAUACAAGCACAGAAACUCGAAGAUGUGGGCAAUCAGAAAAUACAUGAAAUUGAAGAACAAAGAAUUGCAUUUCAAAAGGAAAAGGAAGAAAAAGAAAAAUUCAUCAUUAAUAAAACAAUGGAAGUAAAAAAUGAAGCUGGUCAUUUAAAAAAACUAGAAUUAGAAAUUAGGGACAAAACAGAUCAACUCUCACAAAAAGAAAGGUGCAUCAAUGAAACUGACACUAAAGUAAAAAGUAGAGAGGAAAAAAUGAAAAUGAAAGAGGAGGAAUUGAAACAAAGAGAAAUAGAAGCUCUACAAAAAGAGAAGCGCAAUAGUGAUGUUGAAACGAAAUUGAAAAGUAGAGAGGGAAGAGUGAAAGCACAAGAGGAGGAAUUGAAAAAAAGAGAAGAUGAAUUACAGAAGCAAAAGAGUGAGGUAGAAAAACAAAAGCAGUUUGUCAUACAAAAAGAAAAGCGCAAUAGUGAUGUCGAAACGAAAUUGAAAAAUAAAAAGGAUAAAAUGAAAACAAAAGAAGAGGAAUUGAAACAAAGAGAAGAUGAAGUACAGAAGCAAAAGAACGAGGUAGAAAAACAAAGAGAGCUUGCCAUACAAAAAGAAAAGUGCAAUAGUGAUAUUGAAACAGAAUUGAAAAAUAUAGAGGCAGAAUUGAGGUCGAAAGGGCUAGAAUUCUUAACAACACAUGGAGAAAUUCGAAAAGGCAAUAAUGAUCAAAAACUGCUACAUAAAUCAUUUUAUCUUGGACAGGACGUAAUGAGGCUGCAAGAUAAUUUUACAGAUGCAUGCGUCAGCGUCAAUAUAAAUCGUCUUAAAUGUAAUGAACCUGAACAGUACAAUCAGCAGAUUAUCACAUUUAAAAAGCUGCCAAAAAUCAAAAUCUUUGACUAGAGAACGUUAUUCGCUAAAUUGAACACUUCUCGAUCGAUACAUCGACAUUAUAGCAACAAUCUAUCAUUGAAGGUAUUGUAUCGAUAGAAUGUUGAGAUAUCGGUUGAAAAAUUUUAGAUUUAGAGAGAAACAUUCUCUACUGUCGAUCGAAUUCGAUUUUCUGUCGAAAAAUUAUGGAUUUCAAAUUGUCAAUCUUCUACUAUUCAGUGUUUUAAUUUUCAUUAUUAUUUAAAAUAAAAGUAUACGAAUGAUAAAUUAUGCGAUUUCCACGAUGUAAAUAGAAAAUGAAGUUGUUUGGCAAACUUCGAAACAAAAACAGGACAUUUUAGGCAUGCAAGGCAAAAAUCAGUGCUUUUAGGACGUUCUGGCAAAAAACCACACAAAUUUCGUAGCAAUUUUGGCAAAAAUUACGACCAUUUGACUAUUUUAUCGUAAAUCUACUUCCAGAGAAUUUUGACAAAUAAAAGAUUAUAAUUUUUCGUCAACUCGCCUAAAAUUGAUACUCUCCUAAAAUUUUGUUACAAAACAGGAUUUUUUUUUACAAUUUUAACAAAAAAAAGGAUUGUUUUGAGCAAUCUUCACAAGAGCAGGACUGCUUGACAAUUUUUGGAGAAAUUGGCCCCUUUUGAAAAUUUUACCAGAAAUAUUCACUUCUUGAAAAUUUCGACAAACAUGGACAAUUUUUAACAACUUUGCCAAAAAUUAACGCUUUUUGAAAUUUAUCCCCCCUCCCGAAAAAUAGGACAUUAUAAUUGAAUUUGGCAAAAAAAAAAAAAAAAAAAAAAACAGGACUUUCGUUUGGUAAUUUUGGAACAAAAAGAGUACUUUUUGAACGCGAAAUAAAUUUUUUGAGAUGUUUGGGGUGGGGAGUUCUUGCCACCUAAAUUAUCGUUCUUAAAUCAUUUUUUAUCGUUCAAAUGACUAUCGUGCAAACCACCUUUUUUAUCGUUCAGUUAUAUAUGUACCUCCCCUUUUAAAAAAAAAAUUCGGAAUCAAGUUUACUUAAUUUUCUCAAGUUCCUAAUUUUAUUUUUCCAAUUUCUUAUUUUGAUUUCUUAAAAUAUUAAAACUUACAUUUUUGAUUCAACUGCUUAUACCUACCUACCUAAGUACAUAGUUUCAUGAUAUGAGUUUUCAAAUAAUUUUCAUUCAGUUUUCUCAAAUUCUUGAUCAAUUCUUCAAAAAAUUUGUUAUUCACUUUUCAACCCAGUUUUGAAAUUAAUUCAAGCUAUCCAUCAAAACUUUUCAUACCUUUUAAAUUUAAAUUCUUGAAAAUGUUUGACUUAUGUUUUCAGAAUAAAUAGAAUUCAAUUGAUCAAAACUUCAAUUUAACUUUCACAAAUUUUUGGUUUGAUUUUACAAAAUUCUCAAUUUGCUUUCUCAAAACUUGGAAUUUCCUUUUUGAAAACAAUUUUUUCGAAGAUACUUCCUCUUUGAAAACACAUUUCGCCUCUAGAGACAGCUACAGAACUGAAAUUUUUUUAGUUUGACUUUCAACUCAAAAUGAAAGUAAAGAAUAGAAUUUGUUUAGAACUCACUGUAUUUUUUCUUCCUGGUGGUUUUUCGCGUCUCAAUUUAUUCGAAGUGAGAGAAAAAUGCUUAAAAAUUAACUUGAAAUAUAAAAUUAUAAUAUUCUCGCCCACUCAUGCAUAAAAUCCAGAUUAUAGGUCUCACCUACAUCGUCAAUCGGUAACAUAUACAGUGAGAUAUACUCUUAAUUUGGGUAAGUUGAUCAAUUUUUAUCAUCAGCUUGAUGUUUUCUGUGAACUUUUUUCGGCGAAUUUAGGAAUAUACGUAGAUCCCUUAUCACUUUUCGGAAAUAUGAAUCACUCUGAUCAUUAUACUCGUGUCAUUUUAAACGAGAUUAUUCAUCGUAUAUAUAUUCGUAGAUUGAUCGAGUUAUUGUGCAGUUGUAUUUAACGUGGUCUGUGCCUAGUGCAUCUCGUCUCUUGAAAAGGUUCAGUUUGUUGUGCUACCUACCUAAAAAAGCAUCGAAAGUGACAACGUACGAUCUAAAGCUGAACAAAAAAGAGCUCCUUUACUUCAGCUACAUUUACGUUCGUCAAAAUGAACUUAAAACCACUUCUUCAUUCCACCAUCUUGAUGAAUCUCCUAAUGGCAUUUACCAUUUGCAUGGGAUUAUUAUCAUCAACCAGCCACGGUGCUCAUCACAAAAAUGACAAAUACUUGGAAACAUAUCCAGUGAAUGGAAUGGACAUUAAAAUACCUAGUACUAUGGAUUAUACAUUGCCAAAAUCAUACUACGAUACGAUUGAAAAACUUCCUCGUGUAGAAUUAAGCGAAGAAAUGAGGCAAGCAAUGAAAGUGGCGGAUGCAGUCAAUCAGAAAAUACAUGAAUUUCAGGAACAAAUAAAUGCACUUCAAAACAAAAUGCAACAAAAUGAAAAAAAUCGUCAUCAAUAAAACAAUGAAAUUAAAGAAUGAAUCAAAUCGUUUGGAAAAAACCAGGGCUGGGGUGAACGAAACGAUUGUAGUGUUCAGUUCUGUUCUACUCAUGAACAAAAACUUUUUGUAAUAUUCUGUUCUGGUUUUGUUCUAAUUCAUUUUGAUUCAUUUUUUUCUGUUCUGGUUUUGUUCACGAUGAUUUGGUUCUAAGUAUUUUGUUUUGUUCUGUUUUUGUUCUCACUUUUUCAGUAAUUUUUUUCUUCACUUACACGAUGAAUUCUCUUAAUACUUACUCGUAGAUAGCUUUUUACUUUCAAAAUUAAGCAUUUUACUGCCUUUGAAAGGCAAAACAAAACUAAACAUGGAAAAUAGUGAAUAAGUUGAAUAAAAUUGAAAGAUAUUGUUCUGUU